UGCACCCGACGCCACCGCCCACUGAGCACGUCUCACGCGCUCUCACAACGCGCGUCUACGAACCUAUGCACAAUAUAUAGUGGACAAGUGAACAGUGAUCUUUAUUUCAAGUGUUACAUUUUUUUUUGGAUUUUAUUUUUAAACGGCAUUUUUUGAGCGACUUUGGUUUGUCUUCUCAAGCUUCGUUGGUUCCAUUUUCGAUACCUGUCUUUUUGUGAUAGCAGCUAACUAAAUUAAAAGUUUGUCGGAUCGAGUUCAUUGUGUUCGGAUAAGAAGUUUGAUUAAAUUCCACCAGCUGUUUCCAGUUCGGACGUUCAAAGAUAAAGUGUUCUUCGUUCAAAUACAACGACGAUGGAGUUUGUGAAUGUCGUGACGGAGCAAUCCAAACACCCGCUGCCGGUGAUAACCGACACAUAUCUAUAUAGUUGAGCACAAAGCUAAGAUGGUGAAGUAGUGUUAAUAGACAAUUAAAGUGAUACAAUGAGCUUAUAAGUUUAAGUGGAUGUCUGGUGAUCGGGAGAGGAUGCCGUACUACGGGUAUCGGGAGGGCGGGCCGGAGUCGGACUGCGAAGGGGGGUGCUCGGACUCAGAUGGGGCGGAUUCGGACUCUGAGGGGGGGCUGAGUACUGAGAGCACGGUGGGGCAAGGCCUGCCCUUCCCCGGGUUCACUCCGGUCGCCCUCCGGUAUCUGACGCAAGAAACGAGGCCGAGAAGCUGGUGCCUCAAGCUGAUCACUAAUCCGUGGUUUGAAAGGAUAUCCAUGUUGGUAAUCCUAUUGAACUGCGUAACAUUAGGAAUGUACCAGCCGUGCGUCGACGAUCAGUGUGUAACAAAUAGAUGCAAAAUAUUACAGGUUUUCGACGAUAUAAUAUUCGCGUUUUUCACGUUGGAAAUGUCAAUCAAAAUGGUGGCGAUGGGCGUUUAUGGGCACGGAACUUAUUUAGCGGACUCGUGGAACAGAUUGGAUUUUUUCAUUGUAAUGGCCGGAGCACUAGAAUAUGCAUUGAACGUGGAGAACAUUAAUCUAUCAGCGAUCAGGACUAUUCGAGUACUCAGGCCAUUGAGAGCCAUCAACAGGAUACCAAGUAUGCGUAUCCUGGUGAUGUUGCUACUGGACACGUUACCCAUGCUAGGAAAUGUUUUGCUGUUAUGUUUCUUCGUAUUCUUCAUAUUUGGCAUUGUGGGAGUCCAACUCUGGGAAGGAAUUUUGAGACAACGCUGCGAAUUCGUCCCACCGCCGAAUGUACUGCGACCCAAAGACCUGUCCGAAUGGUACAGAGUGCGCGUCAGAGUGAACUCUAUAUCAUUCUACUACGAGUUUUCAAAGGAGUUGGACUACAUUUGCACGACGCCCGAAGACAAUGGGAUGCACACGUGUGGGGACUUCCCUCCAUACAGAUACGGACCUCUUGUGUGCAACGAGACGGCCAAACCGUUCUCCUACAACCUACCGACCAACACGUCUUGUGUCAAUUGGAAUCAGUAUUACACUAACUGUACUCAAAGGGGAAACAACCCCUUUCAAGGCACGAUCUCCUUCGACAAUAUCGGACUCGCGUGGGUCGCUAUUUUCUUGGUGAUAUCGCUAGAAGGCUGGACGGAUAUAAUGUAUUAUGUACAGGACGCACAUAGUUUUUGGGAUUGGAUUUAUUUCGUACUGCUGAUUGUGAUCGGAUCGUUUUUCAUGAUCAACCUCUGCCUGGUCGUCAUAGCGACUCAGUUCAGUGAGACGAAGAAACGUGAAAUGGAACGUAUGAGGGCCGAACGUGCGCGCUUUACGUCAACGUCGACUCUUGCCUCUUCGACCAAUAACAGUGAACCCGCUACGUGUUAUGCAGAAAUUGUCAAAUAUGUUGCACAUUUGUGGAGACGGUUUAAGAGGAGAAUGGCUAAGAAGAUCAGGGUGUAUCGAUAUCAACGUGCUCAGUUACGUUGGAGGACGAGCAGGGAAACUCUUCAACUACCCGCAAAUAAGCCGAAACAACAUCAUCCCUGUUGCCCGCGUGCUCAUCCACAGCAGGGUAACGGCGGGAAGAGUGUGAGUGAGGAGGGUUGUGCGGGGAGCGAGGAGCCAGUCCGCCGCCCCAGCCUGUUGCGCGUGCCCUCGCUGUCAGCCGCCGAUCUUGAGAAUGCAUCAAAUCUAUCACUUCUAUCGCCGCCCUCGCUAAGUCGUCGUCGUUCAUCGGUGAUGUUCAGCGACACUGUGCUACUCCACACUCCGACCACUCCUCACGGGGCACAUCCGCACAAUGUGUGCUCCUCGGAGAAAAUGACUCAAACAGAUUCAUUGAGUCAGCGUGACUGGCUUAAGAGCCAAAGUGAGUUCGACCUGCCGACAGGCGACACGGCGGAGGAGCGCGCGGCGGCCGGCGGGACCAUGUCGUGUCAGGAACUACUGGCGUUGUCAGGAGCGUUGUCUGCCGCCCUCCCGACUGGACAAGUGGCCCUGGACUCCUUCUUUGAAGAACUCACUAAGGGCAUCAGCAAGAGAGCUGGGGAAGAAAAAAAUGACACUAGGAUCGUAGAAAUAGAAGAUUUCUCCUGCUGUGCUGACCUACUGGCCGCUGAAGCCGCAGCCAAGGAAACGCGCAAGAGUCGCAUCAGUAACAUGUGUUCCAAGUUCUGGAGCAGAAUAUCAAGGGCACUCUCGAAGCUUAGGAAGAAGAUCAAGUUCAUCGCGGACCAUAAAUAUUUUCAACAAGGCAUUCUACUGGCGAUCCUCAUCAACACGCUAUCAAUGGGCAUUGAGUACCACAAUCAACCGGAGGAACUCACCGUCAUUGUAGAAAUCAGUAAUGUCGUCUUCUCGGCUAUAUUUGCCGUCGAAAUGUUACUCAAGAUCGUGGCUGAGGGCCCCUUCAAGUAUAUCUCCAAUGGCUUCAACGUCUUUGACGGUGUCAUCGUCAUACUUAGUGCAUUCGAACUGGCUCAUAGCAUGGGCCAGGAAAAAGACAUGGCUGGCAAUUCAGGGUUGUCCGUCCUCCGUACGUUUCGCCUCCUUCGAAUACUGAAGUUGGUGAGGUUCAUGCCCAACCUGAGGCGGCAACUGUUCGUCAUGCUGCGGACCAUGGACAACGUCGCCGUCUUCUUCUCACUACUAGUACUAUUUAUCUUCAUAUUCAGUAUUCUGGGCAUGUAUCUAUUCGGUGGUAAGUUUUGCAAGUUCGUCGAAGACAAUGGCAGCGAGCGGGAUUGCACCUGCCCCGAGAUCAUCUCGCACCAUCCCAAGUGUGAGUGCGACAGGAAACAUUUUAAUAACAUCCUAUGGGCUACCGUCACCGUGUUCCAGGUUUUGACUCAAGAAGACUGGAAUGUUGUAUUAUUUAAUGGUAUGGAAAAAACAAGUCACUGGGCUGCUUUAUACUUUGUUGCCCUUAUGACUUUUGGAAACUAUGUUCUGUUCAACUUGCUAGUUGCUAUACUUGUUGAAGGAUUCAGCUCCGAGCGAAAUGAGAGAAGGGAGCGUGAACAACGCGAGCUGGCAAAAUCAAAAUUGUCGAGCGAAUGUUUCUCAGACAAUAACGAAUUGCACUACGACGACUCGAACUCGGGAUCACAUUCCAGCGAGAGCUUUUCACAGAAUGAAAUAAAAAACUAUUGGAGGUCAGCGGAUGAUGUGCGAAAGGCUAAAGAUGAUGUGAACGGACAUAAAGAGAAGGCGAUGAAAUCACGCCGUAAAACCAAGUCGUCGGCACAUCAUCCCACACUUUGUAAGGACUGUGCACAAUCUAACAAGUGUAAUCUACAAAAGGAAUCAAAAAUGCUAGCAAGGUGUGCCGGUACAACAGAAUCGUCUGCAUUACCAAUGAUAACCCACACGGCAGCUACUCCCCAAGAUUCACCUUCAACUACUUUAGAACCAGGAGCUUCCUUCAGAGAUUUUAACGUCGCCCUGAGCUUAGAGAGAUCAGCCAUGCUAUCGAGUUUGGACUCCAUUGAUCGUACUUCCUGUGCCAGCAUACCCGGAUUACUCAAACCACCGAACAGCUACACAUUGACUCUCCACUCAGCACAAGCUCAACUGGGAGCUGAAAAGGCUCGACUACCCCCUAUGACUUUAGCCCCUCCCCCUUUAACCCUUGCCCCACCCCCUCUAAGAUCCUCUUCGCCGGCUCCUACAACGCCAACCACACCCAGGUCUAUACCAUCGCCAUUGCUACCUGAAAAGAAUCUUCAAAUAACGAUUGCAAAGGAUGAAAAUUGUUUAAAUACGAGUGAUAAGUCUAGUCUUCUGAGUUCGCAAAAGAAUAUAAGUGUAGUUAGUAUGGGUGCAAAUGGCGAAGAGAAAUGUAAGGUGCAACGAGGCUACAGCUGGCGUAGGCCGAGCCUUAAAAAGAAGCCUAAACAAAGGACAGGAUCUGACUCAGACGCUAUCGUACUCAACAAUGGCAGGGAUCACACAGUUUGCAACGGUUCAAACAUCCGCAAGAACGAGUUACUCCUAUCAUCAUCGAUGGUGAUUAAGAACGACACUCAAUCCGAGCUGCCGAACAACAGGACUCGUGCGCAGCUGCCUCCACCGCGCGUACUACCGCCGCCAGCUAGACGCGUUUCCGCACAUAAUGCACCUUUGUUACCUGAUGUAUCUUGGAAGGCUCCAGAAGCGGGGUUCUCAUCGGACUCGACCAUUCGACUGGAUUCCGUGAAGCCUCCGCCUCACAGACUGUCACUCACUAACGACUACUUAACAGGCAAGUUGCGAGUAUCUGAGUACGACUCAUUGGUAACAGUGACAUCAGUAUCAGAAGUGAAGGCGAGCAACUUGACUCCGGCCACCGCCGCGGCCGCGCGAGAGUCGCCCGCGCCCUCGCUACCCGCACGACACAACGCACAACCAUUGCCCUUAAAGCAAAUCAAUGAGGAGGUACAUACUAGUAAGAUUAAGGUGGCCAUAAACAACGUGUGUAUGUUAUCAUCGAGAUUUGAUAGACGACGGUACAGAUUCAAAGACCUUUUUCGCUUUAUGGAGCCGACGGGCUGCCUCAAAGAGAAAGAAUUUUACUCACUGUACAUUUUUUCGCCCGACAACAAUAUGCGGAGAUUCUGUACGUGGGUGGUGACUCGGGGCUGGUUCGACAACAUAGUGCUGUUAUUCAUUGCGCUGAACUGCAUCACACUGGCCAUGGAGCGGCCGAACAUACCGCCUGACUCUAAGGAACGGGCCUUCUUGUCCAGCGCCAAUUACGUCUUCACCGGCGUUUUUGCUGUGGAGAUGUUUAUUAAGGUAGUGGCAUCAGGAAUGUUUUACGGUCCCGACGCGUACUUUACUUCAGGAUGGAACAUCAUGGAUGGCUCACUGGUCAUCAUAUCUAUCAUCGAUUUAUUAAUGUCUUUAGUAUCAGAAUCCAGUCCACGAAUAUUCGGAAUUCUCAGGGUAUUUAGAUUACUUAGGUCCCUAAGGCCUCUGCGGGUGAUAAACAGAGCGCCAGGAUUGAAGCUAGUUGUGCAGACACUGCUGUCCUCGUUGAGACCCAUCGGAAACAUUGUACUUAUUUGCUGCACUUUCUUCAUCAUAUUCGGCAUUUUGGGAGUACAGCUUUUCAAAGGAGCAUUUUUCUAUUGCGAAGGUGCAAACAUAAAGAAUGUUAAGAACAAGUCAGACUGUCUCGCUAUAGAGGGUAACGUGUGGGUGAACAGGAAAUAUAACUUCGACGACUUGGGCAAAGCGCUCAUGUCACUAUUUGUACUGAGUUCUAGAGAUGGAUGGGUCAACAUUAUGUACACUGGACUGGACGCAGUGGGGGUUGAUCAACAGCCAAUAGUAAACUACUCAGAAUGGCGUCUCCUAUAUUUCAUCGCGUUUAUAUUACUGGUCGGAUUCUUUGUACUAAACAUGUUCGUGGGAGUUGUGGUGGAGAAUUUCCAUCGAUGCCGCGAGGAACAGGAGAAAGAAGAAAGAGUUAGAAGAGCUGCCAAAAGAGCACUGCAGAUGGAGAAGAAACGAAGAAAAAUGCACAUGCGGCCGUAUUAUGCAGACUAUUCCCAAACACGAUUAUUCGUCCACAACGUAGUCACAUCUAAAUAUUUCGACCUCGCUAUAGCCGGCGUCAUUGGCUUAAAUGUCGUUACGAUGGCCAUUGAAUACUAUAGAAUGCCGCCGGCUCUGCAAUAUGCCCUUAAAAUAUUCAAUUAUUUCUUCACCGCUGUGUUUAUUUUAGAGGCAAUUAUGAAGCUUGUGGCUUUAGGGUUCAAAAUAUACUUAAAAGACAAAUGGAAUCAAUUAGACGUAAUUAUCGUCAUCUUAUCUAUAGUGGGAAUAGUUUUAGAAGAAUUAGAGACUAAUAUAAUUCCAAUAAACCCGACGAUUAUGAGGGUAAUGAGAGUGUUGAGGAUAGCCAGGGUACUGAAGCUGCUGAAGAUGGCGAAGGGAAUAAGGGCAUUAUUGGACACAGUGAUGCAGGCGCUGCCACAAGUUGGAAACUUGGGGCUGCUGUUCUUUUUGCUAUUUUUCAUCUUUGCUGCGCUCGGUGUCGAAUUGUUUGGGAGGUUAGAAUGCUCCGACGAAAUUCCUUGUCAAGGUCUUGGUGAACACGCCCACUUCGCGAACUUUGGCAUGGCAUUUCUGACGCUGUUCCGCGUGGCCACUGGCGACAACUGGAACGGCAUCAUGAAGGACACCUUGCGAGAAGACUGCGACAGCUCGGUGGACUGCGUCAGGAACUGCUGCGUGUCCACUAUCAUAGCGCCGAUAUUCUUCGUCGUGUUCGUGCUCAUGGCGCAGUUCGUACUCGUCAAUGUUGUCGUUGCUGUCCUCAUGAAACACCUAGAAGAAUCACAUAAACAAAUGGAAGAUGAAAAUGAUAUGGACGUUGAACUCGAGCGUGAGUUAGAACGGGAGGCCGAUGACGAGGAGGACAGAGCACUGUGCCGUGCUUUAGAACAGUUCAUGAGUCCCCCGCGGCCGCUGAACAAGGUACCGUCCCUUCCGGCUAACUUCACGUAUAGCGAGCCCAAGCAACCCGCACCGUCCCCCGCACGGCGCCGGCGCACGCUGCACUCGCACACCGCUUUGUUGCCGGCGUCGCUGCCGCCCCGGCGCGCUUCCUUAUCUCCUCACGCCUUCGGGCGGCGCCGGCAGGACUCCGCCUCCGAGCCGCCCGCCGCGCUCUACGAGGAGGACGCGCGCUUCAUCGACGCCGACGACGCCGACCAGCUCGAGCCCGGCAGCCCCCCGCACCGCGACUCCUUCGCGCAAAACAGGCGACAACGCGCUGACAAACGAAACUCCCUGCGAGGAGAGGAGGCUCGUUUACUACGGCCAGUACUCCUCGCUGUACCCUCUAACAGACAAAGCCUAAGACUGAGCGGCCCCAAACGAAGAUCCUCCACGGAAUCAGCCGCCACAGACGCGAGCAGUGCGUCACGCUCUCAGCAUCAACUCACUCCAGAAUCAAUGGAUCAACCAAUAAGCGAGGAGGAAAAAAUAAGAAUAGUAAUCGCCGAGAGGCGAAAGAUAGACGCGACGAGGCCCGAGCCGGACGACGUGGUGGAACUGUCGGAGCGAGGCUCCUAGUCCAGGCGGGGCCGGCCGCACCAACACCAUGAAGUCUACAUCUAGACGACGCUCAAAGCGACGUCCGGAUCCCUAUCCUAUCUCUUCCUCGAUCUCCUCUCGUCUGUAAGUCUUGUAUGCUCAACGGACAGUGAAUGCUUGAACUCGGUUGCACGAACAGUGAUUGUGACGAUUAUAUAAACUAAUCUUGACUUCAGUGCGUUUCAGUGUUGUGUUGCGUUGUCGAUAUUUACGAAAGAUGGAUAUUGCCCGUUCAGAAGCGAACUUCUCCUACGUUUUCUUUCACACAUCCAACCUAACCCUCACUUACCUUUUGCGGCCGGUUCAACUACUUCAAAAGAGACUUUAAUAAAUUUAGUUUAAGGUGUAUAAAGUAUGUAGAUAGGAGUUAGAACUAGUCAAUUUGUUGUGGUGGGAUGUUUUCUACGAGAGCUAAAGUUUACUUUGUAAUUUUAUUAUUAGUACGGUGCUUGCUGUUAAAGUUUAAUUCGUUAUUAUAAAUACUAUAAGAUUUUUCAAAGUAACCUCAACGAAUUAUUUGUUUGUAGACAUGACAUAGUUUCAGUUGAUCGAAUAGCCACUGACUUGCUUGAAGUUGUGUGUGCAAAUUAAUGUUAGACUUUGUUUUAAGAACGGGUUUCAAAUCAUUGAAUUUUUAGUGUUAUACGAUUUGUGUAAUCCAACGAUUCGAAUAAAGCCUAUAAUAUUAUAAUUUGGAUGUGGGUACGUAGUCGUCUACUUCCGAGCGAUGUUAGGCAACGACUGUGUAGCCUCGUAGACUAUUGUUACUAGCUAGAUCUUUGUCAAUCUAAUGUCUAAAGUGGAACCAAACGUUCGUGAAUUGAGUAUUAAUCUCUCUAAAGAUGAAAAAAUAAUAUUUUCUGAAUAUAAAUGAAUCCUAUUUUCUUACAGAGUCAUGUACGUAACUUAGACGUGUAAUUGGCAAUACGCACAUAACGGUAGAGUCGACAUUAGGUAGAACGAAGUAGAUUGUGAGUAACGACAUCGCAAAACUGACCUUCUAACAUAAGUUACGCUCUACGAUAGUUUGGACUUAGAUCGUAUUAUUUAUAAUUUUAAAUGUUUAGUGCGAUCUAUCACUAGCCGUGCCAAAUCUACAAGACCUUUGUAACUUAAGCGAACAUUUUAUAAGAGUAUUUUAAUUGAGCAGUUGAUACCUAGUUGCUUGUCUUUCAAAACUUUUCCGCUUGUUAAAUUACUUACUGUCUACUUUAGAAAAGGCCGCAGAGCAAGACAAAGUUACUUAAAGUACACAAAAUAUCAAAGUAAGUUCAAUUAAAGCACAAACUGCUGUUUAUUUUGAGACAUGUCUAUGUGGUUGUAGUUACUGUACAAGAUCGUACCUAGUUAGGGAAGUCAGCAAUAAAUUUUAUACUUCGACUGUGCCUUUCCUAUUUCUAAUGUAUUAGCUUGUGAAGUUGAAUGUGGGUAGUCUCUGAGAUUAAAUGUAUACUGUAGGAGUUGGAGUGUAGAUACAUUAAAUUAUGAUUCUUGUUGAGUCUUUAUUAAGUUUUUGUUAUAAUUGUCAUGUGAAAAGUUUUGUAAAUGUAAGACGUUCCCCGAGAAAAUGAUGUUAUCUUUGUGCCAUUCCGAAAGUAAGAACUAUUCUAUUUUGUAUCGUUGAAAGCAGUACAACAAACAUAGUAUAGCAUUUAGCCUAAUGUUUUAGUUGUCAUUAUUCCAUUGAUAUGUCAAGUUGUCCUAAUUAACAAUGUAUUUAAUUACUUGAAUGCUUCUCCUUCCUCAAGACGCUAUCUUUUAAUUACAUAAUGUCUUCCAUCUUUACUAAAUCUUUACCGAUGACUUGAAAUGGUAUCGAUCGAAGUUUAAUUACUAGCUACAAUAGAGUUCUUGUAUAAAUAGACAUCGAGUGAUUUCACGUUUAAUAUUAUUUACAUUUUCAAGUUUAUGUAAAAGAAUUGAUUAAAAGGAAUUUAGUAAAAUUAAGAAUAGUAUUUUCGUGAUAAAAGUAAAUUUCGUGAUAAUGAUGAAUAAUUGUUUUUCGGUACUGAUCGUAUAAUAAUUUAAGUGGUAUGAACAAUGUUCAUAGUUGAGUACACCUGUUAUCUUAGCUGGUGAUCUGUCGAGUUAAGAAAGUUACGACAAUGUUAGGUUGAAAAAUAAAUUAAAAUUCAAAAACAA